UCUUCGGUGAUUUCGGUGUUUGGGUGUUCGGAAUAUGACCGCGAUAAACUGGAUACUAAUGGUCGUGGUGGCGGCGCUCUCCUCCACCGCCUCCGCUUUCUUCCUCAACUGGGGAGCCUCAAACCAAGAAACAAAUCCGCCCUACCCAGCCUAUUACUACCACCAGCGGGUCCUGCAGGCGCCCACCGGAUACACGGAGCCCCCGAUUCCGGCGAUUCCGGUGCAAGUACCGCUCCAGGCACAACUCACUCCUGCAACCGUGCAUAACGUCCAACUUGUACCGUGUUUAUGUCCGGUUUCGCAGGAUUACGAGUUGGAGAAAAACUCGCAGGAAUUUUUCAACCAACACAAAACCAACUGAAGAAUUUUUCUUCGUAGUUUUGGACCUCAAGACUGACGCACGUUAUUUUUGUCUUUAAUUUAUACGUAUAUAAAUAUUUUUAUUAUU